GAGCUGAUCAGACUCGAUGGUUUGACCUGCAAGGAACAUACCUAAUAUCUAAUAUUCUUCUCUCAUACUUGUCGCAUUCUCGUCCACCCAGCAUAUUUUGAAUGGGCAAAGCUUGACUAGAGUUGGGCAAAACUGGGAAAUUGUUGAACUCGUAAGCUCGGGAUUUGAUUGAGUCGACGGCCGUCAGCACUGGAAUGCAACAAGGCGACUUUUAGUAACAACCACAACAUGGACCCCGAAAAGGAGCAGAAUGUCCUGAUAGACCUGGGCAUCCCUUUGGAGAAUUCUCAGCCUGCACAACCUCCGCCAUCAACAACGAGAACGGCAGCAAGCGAUGAGUUGGCACAGAAGACGCAAGAGUUAGAGCUGAAUGAGAAGCAACCGCUUGAGGACGAGGCACAACCACAGGUCAACAAGGAGAAAGAGAAGGAAAGAGUGCGGUCGCCCACACCUCCACCACCGCCCCCAAAGGACGACAAGUUCUUGCGACGACAGUAUGCCCAAGACGACGAGCUCGCCAACAUCAUGGACGAGAUGGACGACGACGUGGCGGACCCAGCUCUGCAGAAGAUCAUGUCUCCUCGACUUGACAUGUCUUCACUGCCCAUGCGCACCUCGAGUCUAGAUCCCUCACCUUCACCAAGCACAAUGACGUCCCCAAAACUGCAGCGUCAACAAUCGCGCGACAGCUACAUGUUCAGUCCUGCUGCUGUUCGUCCCGGCUCCAUCUCAGGUGUCAGCAUCCAGCAACCCGAACGGACCGAUUCUCCUCGUCCUGCCUCGUCCAUCUUUCAACCUCCGCCGCCUUCCCCCGACCCGGAACCCGUCCUUCCUUUCGACUUCCACCGUUUUCUCGAACAACUCCGCCAUCGCACUGCCGACCCAGUCGCACGCUUUCUUCGCUCCUUCCUCAACGAGUUUGGCAAGAAGCAAUGGGCUGUUCAUGAGCAGGUCAAGAUCAUCUCAGACUUCCUCGAGUUUAUUUCGAAAAAGAUGGCACAAUGCGAGGUUUGGAGGACUGUCAGUGAUGCUGAGUUCGAUAAUGCAAGAGAGGGCAUGGAAAAGCUCGUCAUGAACAGACUAUACUCGCAGACCUUUUCGCCUGCCAUACCCGCACAGGAGGUCAGCUCUCCAACCAAGAAGCGCUUCCGCCAUCAAACCCAUUCUCCUCACGGUCCAGGCAGGAGAGGCCAACACCAAGAAGACGUCGAACGUGAUGAGGUGAUUGCACAAAAGAUACGAAUCUACGGCUGGAUCCGGGAAGAACAUCUUGACAUUGCACCCAUUACCGAUAAAGGCAGACGCUUCUUGGUCCUCGCACAGCAGGAACUGCUCAAGAUUGGUUCAUACCGUGCCCCUCGCGACAAGGUCAUUUGCAUCCUUAAUACCUGCAAAGUCAUCUUUGGCUACCUCAAGAACAACAAGAGCGACCAAUCUGCAGACUCUUUCGUGCCGCUGCUGAUCUAUACUGUCCUCCGCGCCAACCCUGAGCAUCUCGUCAGCAAUGUGCAGUACAUUCUACGCUUCAGAAAUCAGGAUAAACUGGGCGGAGAGGCUGGUUACUAUAUUUCCUCUCUGAUGGGUGUUGUGACAUUUAUCGAAAACCUUGACCGCACAAACUUGACCAUCACAGAUGAAGAGUUUGAGAAGAACGUCGAGGCCGCCGUUAGCCAGAUCGCCGAGGGUCACAAGGCAGACGAGUACGAGGCGUCAACACACGACAAAGCUGCCUCUAGCUCAUCACACUCUACACAUCCUCAAUUCAACGAGAAGAGCACUUUGAGCAGACCAGAAGUAAACACUAGAAACAGCACCGAAGGCGAGCGAACACCAUUGAAUCGAGGGAAUAGCACACGUUCGAAGAACUCUGCCGGCGAACCUGAGGACGACAACGCAGCAGUCACCGGUCUCCUUCGCACUAUUCAAAAACCACUGUCCACCAUCGGCCGCAUGUUCAGCGACGAAGGCCAGUCCUCGUCUUCCUCUCCCCAGCAACUUGCUACACCUCAACCUAUCUCAACGCCCAGAUUAUCACCUGGUCUGCCAGCACUACCGCAACAGCGCAAGAGUGCCGAAGACACUCGUCGUCUACGUAGUCCUGAGCGAAGAGAAGUCGACCGAGCGAGGAGUUUUGAAUCUAGUCGUGGUCGUAGCUCUCAGGACUCGGCGGCACGACAGGCGAGCAAUGACAUGGCUGAAGCCCAAAGAAUACAAGCCCAGGAGCAUCAGGUCGUGGUUGAGACGUUACAAGGCAUGUUCCCGGAUUUGGAUCGCGAGGUCAUCAGCGAUGUCGUGAGGAUGAAGGAAGGACGUGUAGGGUCUGCUGUAGAUGCUUGUCUUGCAUUGAAUAAUUAGCUGCAAUGCGAAACACGCUUUACAUCCACCAGAUGUGUAUUCUCUGUGCCCGGAACAGAUG